GGAUGGAAACAUAAUCACUUCUGUAGAACAUGGAUCUCUGGCUGGAUUAUUUUCCUUACAAAAGUUAAAUCUCAAAGGAAACAGGAUCACUUCUAUAGCAAAUGUAUCUCUGGAUGGAUUAUCAUCCCUACGAUGGUUAUAUUUCAGGGACAACAUGAUCACUUCUGUAGAAAAUAGAAUUCUGGAUGGACUGUCUUCCUUAAUCCUCUUAGACUUGGCAGACAAUAGUAUUAGUUCUAUAGCAGAUAGUCCUUUUAUCGAACUGACAAAUUUACAGAUUUUAUUUAUCCAGAGAAACAGGAUUACCUCUGUAGAAAAUGGAUCUUUGUAUGGAUUAUCAUCCUUAAGAGAGUUACAUAGCCAGUCAAACAGGAUCACCUCUGUAGAAAGAGGAUCUCUGGAUGGAUUAUCAUCCUUACAAAAGUUAUAUCUCGGUUAUAACAUGAUCACUUCUAUAGAAAAAGGAUUUCUUGAUGGACUGUCAUCCUUAGACACGUUUUAUCUCACGGCAAACCAGAUCACUUCUGUAGAAAAUGGAUCUCUGUAUGGAUUAUCAUCCUUGAAAAAGUUAUAUCUCAAUCGAAACAGGAUCACUUCUGUAGAAAAUGGAUCUCUGGAUGGAUUAUCAUCCUUAGAAAUAUUAGAUAUCAGUGGAAAUAGGAUCACGUCUGUAGAAAAGGGAUACCUGGAUGGAUUAUCAUCCUUACUUAAUUUAAAUCUCCAGGGAAACGUUAUCACUUCUGUAGAAAGUGGAUCUCUGGAUGGGUUAUCAUCCUUAAAAAAGUUAGACCUCCGUGAUAAUCAAAAAACCUUGGAAUGCUGUGGUGUACAAGGAUUUAUCACAUGGAUACAAAAUAAAGGAUCAGUGGAUAUUUUGGGAAAGUGUAAUCACCAGUCACAAUCAACAUUCAUCAAAGCUUUCAAUGUAUCCGAAUGUCUACCUCCAGUUGAUGGUGGAUGGACUAGUUUUGGACCAUGGGAUGUUUGUUCUAAAACAUGUGGUGGAGGUGUACAAUUCAGAACUAGAACAUGUACUAAUCCUCCUCCUGCUCAUGGUGGUGAUAAAUGUCCGGAAAACAGUCAGGAGACCAGAUCAUGUGAGGAAAAAAAAUGUUCUGUUGAUGGUGGAUGGACUAGUUUUGGACCAUGGAAAGUAUGUUCUAAAACAUGUGGUGGAGGUGUACAAUACAGAACAAGAACAUGUACUAAUCCUCCUCCUGCUCAUGGUGGUGAUAAAUGCCCGGAAAACAGUCAGGAGACCAGAUCAUGUGAGGAACAACAAUGUCCUGUUGAUGGUGGAUGGACUAGUUUUGGACCAUGGAAAGUUUGUUCUAAAACAUGUGGUGGAGGUGUACAAUACAGAACAAGAACAUGUACUAAUCCUCCUCCUGCUCAUGGUGGUGAUAAAUGUCCGGAAAACAGUCAGGAGACCACAUCAUGUGAGGAACAACAAUGUCCUGUUGAUGGUGGAUGGACUAGUUUUGGACCAUGGAAAGUAUGUUCUAAAACAUGUGGUGGAGGUGUACAAUACAGAACUAGAACAUGUACUAAUCCUCCUCCUGCUCAUGGUGGUGAUAAAUGUCCGGAAAACAGUCAGGAGACCAGAUCAUGUGAGGAACAACAAUGUCCUGUUCAUGGUAACUGGACUGAUUUUGGACCGUGGGGAGUGUGUUCUAAAACAUGUGGUCUUGGAGAGCAAUUAAAAACUAGAACAUGUACAAAUCCAUCUCCUGCUUUCGGUGGUGACAAAUGUCAGGGGAGCAAUCAGAUGACAGGAUCUUGUGAGAUACAAAAAUGUCCUGAUACACGAAAAUGUUGGGAAAAAAGAACCGGAAAAUGGCACAAGCAUCCUUUUAACUUCCACAAUCGACAGACCAUUAUGAGACACUUCAUCCCUUUAUCUGAUUUUUAUGGUAGAGAUAUCUUUUAUAUAAUAGGGAAUUCGCAUAUAAACGAAAUUUGAACAUUUUGAAAACUAAUUGAGAUCGACAUGGUAGUCAUGGUUACCAUUUUGAGUUAAG